AGAGGUUUCUUGGUGUCGAAGAGAAGACCCCCGGCUUUUUUCCAGGAAACUUUGGAGGUAGAGGAGGGAGGGGGGAGGCCAUGUCGUCGUCCAACUCGCCGUGCGCCGCGUGCAAGCUCCAGCGGCGCAAGUGCGCGCAGGGAUGCGUGUUCGCGCCCUACUUCCCGCCGGACCAACCCCAGAAGUUCGCCAACAUGCACCGGGUCUUCGGGGCCAGCAACGUCGCCAAGCUCCUCAACGAGCUCCCCCCGUCGCAGCGAGAAGACGCCGUCAACUCGCUCGCUUACGAGGCCGAGGCGCGCCUCCAGGACCCUGUCUACGGUUGCGUCGGCUACAUCUCCAUACUCCAGCACCGGCUGAAGCAGGUCCAGCACGACUUGUACGCCGCGAAAAAGGAGCUCUCGGCGUACAUCGGCCCCGCCGCGCUCGGCCCAUUCCUCCCCCAACCCGGCCCCCACCACCCUGCCGCUCUCGUCGGCGGGUCCCACCACCAUCCCCAGUAUCAGUUCCAGGGGGCUUCCUCAUCAAAUGCGCAGCCGUUCGGGAUGCCGGGAAUGGGGAUGGGGAUGGGGAUGGGGAUGGGGAUGGGGAUGGGAAUGGAGUUGGGUUUGGCCGCUGGGGCUGGGCCAAGUGUACCUACGCAACAUGCACAGAUCUUGAUGCACGAGCAACAGCUGAUGGAGGCGCAGCAGAUGGCGGCGGCAGCGGCGGCAGUUCGAGAGCAAGAGAUGCUGAGGAGCUACGAGCAGCAGCAGCAAGAGCUGGCGAGAUUCGGCGCGGGGUACACUGACGGCCGAGGUUUUGAUCUGAUGGGCGGCGGUGCGACAGUGGCAGUGCAUCCGGGGGAGCCAUCGGGGCUGGCGCUGGUGCCGCCACAGCCAAUCGAGACUCCAUUUCUAUUCCAGCAACCGCAGCAGUAUGCCCAGCAGCCAUGGCAGCAGCAGCAGGAGCAGGAGGAACAGGCGCGGUACUUCCAGCACCACAGAACUGGGAGCGAUGAGGGGAGCAGCGGGAUGGGUCCAUCGUCUUGAAGAAAGAGUGGUUAUAAUCUCAGAUAUAGUUUAGGCAAUUCUUGAAGAAAAUGAUAGAGAACUC